AUGCUCGCAUACGCUCUUCUCUCGCUACUCGCCGUCUCGACACCCAUCGCAGUCGAGGCUUGUCAGAGUAAAGUCACAAAGCCUCCUCUUCUCUGGCUCGCCGAUGUUCGCGCAAACGCUGCCCCCGGCACAGACUCAACAACAACGCUGAGCAAAUCCGACCCCGGCAUGCGCCUCAUCCGAUUCGAGAAAGGCGCCGUCCCCAUCCCAAUCACUGCAGACGAACACAUCGAACUUCAGAAGUCUGGCUUGCGCUACACUGACGUCACAGAGGUCGAUCUUGAAGCCAUCGUCACAGCCAAGGCCGCGGAAGGCAACUAUGCUUCCGGUGGACGUGCCAUUCCAUCGGCUCCGAGCAAGCAAGCACAAGUAAAGCCUGUGAUUGCGACACUCUCGCAAGCAAACCUCAAGACGGACCUCUCGUCGCUCACGGCCUACAAGUCUCGCUACUACAAGUCGACUACUGGCGCAAAAUCUGCCCAAGAUUUGUUGGCCAAGUUGCAGACAAUCGCCUCGUCAGCCUCGGGCAGUGGCGGCAAAGUGACCGUCAGCGCGUUUUCGCAUACCUGGGGUAUGUCUUCGAUCAUUGCCAGAAUCGAGGGCACCAACACCGCGGGUGCGAUCACGAUUGCUGGUGCCCAUCUCGACUCGAUCAACCAGUCCGACCCGACGGGUGGUACCGCGCCAGGUGCAGACGACAAUGGCUCUGGCUGUGUCAAUCUCAUCGAGGCUUUCCGAAAGCUCGUCGCAGCUGGUUUCAAGCCGACGAACCCAGUCGAGUUCCAUUGGUAUUCCGGUGAAGAAGCUGGUCUCCUUGGGUCCGCUGCGGUCGCAAGAAGCUACUCGACGGCCAAGAAGUCUAUCAACGCCUAUCUCAACCUGGAUAUGACGGCGUGGCUGCAAACUGGAACGACACCCCAGAUUGGUUUCGUUUCUGACCGUACUUCGAGCACACUCACUGCUUUCGUCAAGAAGCUCGUGCCAGAAUAUUUGACUGGCGUUAUUGCCUCUGAUGACUAUUGUGGAUAUGCCUGCUCGGAUCAUGCCUCGUGGAACACACUCGGAUAUCCUGCCGUUUAUCCUUUCGAGUCGAUCACAAAGUACGAGAACCCGAACAUCCACACUGCAGCGGAUACAGCCACAUCAUCUCAGUUCUCUUAUGCUCAUGCGCACGAGUUUACCAAGCUCGUCGUCGCAUACGUUAUGGAGCUUGCGCUCUAG